CAGCGACCAACGCAGUUGUGAUCGCACCUUCGAGAGGAACGCACGUUCUCCCAGCCGUGAUUAUUUUUUCGUGUUCCCCUUAGAACUGGUUUCAAUUUGAAAAUGCUGCUAAUAUCGCUUACACUGAUGGCUUUUGGCCUGGUCCAAACGCUGCCGAUCGAUGAGGCUGAAAUGCCCAUGCCGGCGGCCAGUGAAGUGAACGACUCAGGGCGAGUGGUCUUCGAUCAGCGACAGACGGGCAGAUUCAACAUCCACGUGAGCAUCAAGGAUGUGGCCAUCAUCGAGGUGGGCCAGAAUGGAUUGGCCGAGGAGACGUAUAACGAUGAGGAGGAUUACUACUAUGAUGACAGUGCGUUGACCGUCAAACCGAUCAAGUUAAGCACAGAGACAAGCAGCAGCACCACCACAACGAGCACUACAUCGGUGGCAGCACCGCCAGAGAGCACUGUAACUACAGUGGCCACUACAACGGCAGCUUCUGAUGUCAAGCAAAAUACUAGCUUUAGCUCCAAUCUUUUGGCUGACAUUGCAGCCAGUUUAUCAAAGCCUAAGUCAAGGCUAAACAAUCUGAUGAUCGUGGAGACACCAAUCGGUGCCACAACGAAGCCAGUGCAUCAUCCUCUUCAUGCCAGAUCUAAGGAUAUACCCAUUAUGGCUGCCGCUGCCAUUACACCACCCACUUUGCCCGAGAGCAUUGAGUACACGCCACCCAAAGGUCACAACUCGCCCAUUUUCAAGGUGAAAGUUCAACGAUCUUCGAUGCCGGCCACCAAGAAACCCGCCCGCUGCCGAAAUCAUCAGGUGCGAGAUGCCCAGGGCAAGUGCUCCGACUCGAUCUACAGAAAGCUGUACAGCAUGUUGAUGGGGAUGAACUUCCCAUUUCUGGCAACGGCAAAUGCGGCUGAAAGUGGUUGAUGACUCAACAAUUCAACGAUAUUAAAAUAUAGUUUACUCAGACAUAGAGUUUAAGUGCCUCUAAUUGGAUCUUAGCCAUUGGCGUGAAAUACAUUGACUGA